AAGUUUUCAAAACCGGUAUUGACCGUGAAUUAAGACAAAGUGUCACUAGCAUUUUGGUUGUUGAAUUCAAUUUUAGCGGGACAUCAUUCUCUUUUUGUGUGCUCGUGUCAUAUAAUAAACUCAUCAAGAUGCGUUUCGUUGCUGCUUAUCUUUUGGCUGUUCUUGGUGGUAAUGCAUCACCAGCAAAAGGUGAUGUUGAAAAAAUUCUUUCAUCUGUUGGAAUUGAAGCUGAUGAUGAAAAACUCCAAAAAGUUAUUGCUGAGCUCAAGGGUAAAUCAAUUGAAGAAUUGAUUGCUCAAGGACGCGAAAAGCUUUCUUCAAUGCCAGUUGGUGGUGCUGCACCAGCUGCUGCUGCCUCUGCUGCUGCUCCAGCUGCAGAAGAAAAGAAAGAAGACAAAAAAGAAGCUAAAGCUGAAUCAGAAGAAGAAGAUGAUGAUGACAUGGGCUUCGGUCUUUUUGAUUAAGGUUUUUAUAAUUUAUUAAUUUAAUAAAAAUUAACAAAAACCAAAACAA